ACAAGAGAGACAAAUAGAAAAAGACAAAAGAGAACAAAAGAGAUCAAUCUGUGUGUCUGAAGAGGCUACUGGAUACUAACAAUUAGCGAGAGAAUCUGAGGAAAAUGGGAGGGGGAGAUGAUGUGGGUUCGCCAGUCGUAGUCGGUGCUCUGAUUCUGGAUGUUCACGCAAAGCCUUCUUCAACCGCACCAAUCUCCGGAACCACCGUCCCAGGCCAGGUGUUGUUUGCACCUGGUGGGGUAGGCAGAAAUGUAGCUGAAUGCAUCUUCAAGCUUGGAAUAAGACCCUUCAUGAUUGGUGCUUUGGGGAUCGAUGGCCCAGCCAAUGUAUUGUUGAAAGACUGGAAGCUCUCUACUGAAGGAAUCUUGAGACGUGAAGACAUCACUACUCCUGUAUCUCUUGUAUAUGACAUUCACGGAGAAGUUGCUGCUGGCGUUGCUGGUGUGGAUGCUGUUGAGAAGUUUCUGACACCUGAGUGGAUCCAGCGGUUUGAACCAAACAUAAGCUCCGCUCCUGUCCUUGUGAUUGAUGCCAAUCUUAGCGCUCUUGCUUUGGAAGCAUCUUGCAAAUUGGCUGCAGAAUUCAAUGUUCCUGUCUGGUUUGAGCCCGUGUCUGUCACAAAGUCCCAGAGAAUCGCCUCAAUCGCCAAGUAUGUAACUGUAGUAUCUCCAAACCAACACGAGCUCAUAGCAAUGGCCAACGCUCUCUGCGCAAGGAACAUGUUCAAAACCCUUAAACCAGAAGUCAACAAGCUUUUACCACAAGAUGUUUUCUGUGCGUUGAGGCCAGCUAUUUUGGUUCUUCUUGAAAGUGGUAUUAAAGUUGUUAUUGUAACACUUGGCUCCAAUGGAGCUCUCCUAUGCUCAAAGGGUAAUCCCAAUAAGGCUCUCAACAUAAACAGAAAGUUUAGUGGAGAGAUUUUCAGAAGGGUACAACUUAUAUGUUCACCGAACCGGUUUUCUGAACCGGGAUUGAAGCACGGCUCGAGUCUUUUUGCGAUGCAUUUCCCAACCGUACCAGCCAAAGUCAAGAAGCUUACUGGUGCAGGGGAUUGCCUAGUAGGCGGUACCGUUGCGUCGCUGAGCGAUGGUUUAGAUCUGUUCCAGAGUUUAGCGGUUGGCAUUGCUUCUGCUAAAGCUGCCGUCGAGUCAGAAGAUAAUGUGCCUCCUGAGUUCAACCUCGAUCUUCUUACUGAUGAUGCGGAGUUGGUUUACAGUGGCGCCAGGAUGUUGUUGGCUCAUCAGUCAAUGCUGUGAAGAAUGAUCUUGUUUCUUAUUUGUUUGGCUUGGUUUUUGUUUAUUGUUUGUGUACUAUUCCAUCUAAAUAGAUAAACUUAGACCGUUUGUUUAGUAGGACUGCACCAGGUAAUAACAGAGAAACCGCUCUGUUUCUCGUUAGUAUAUAUUAUUACUAAAAUCAGUUUAUGAGAGAUCAUUUUUU